AUGCGUUUCACCAACAUCACCCUUGGCCUCGUGGCUUUCCUUACCGCCUCGGCCGUCGCAGCCCCAACUGCUAGCACCAACGACAUCGCCAAGCGCAUGCCAACCCCCGAGCAGUUUGAAGCCCUUGCCCCAGAAGAGAAGCGUGAAGCCUACAAGGCCAUCUAUCGUGCGACAAACAUUAUUGGAAAAUCUGAUGCCGAGAAGCGGGCUUUCGAGAAAAUCUAUCGCGCCACCAACAUUAUCGGCGCGUCGGAUGCGGAGAAGCGCGAUGCUGACAAGGCGAUUUACCGCCCUUUUGAGUUUCGGGUUACCGAUGAGGAAUAG